AUGAGUGUUAAUUUAGCCAAUCCAACAUCAAAAGAAGAAAUAUAUCGACCUGAUCAUCCUGUACUUUCUGGUCAAACAGUAUCUUCUAUGUAUAAAUUGAAAGAUGUUACUGAUAAUGAUGGUGGUUUCUUUUGUUUUGGCGAUUUAUCAUCUAGAAUUGAAGGCGAAUAUAGGUUAAAAUUCACCUUAUUUGAAAUCAUAACUACUGGUGCAGUUAACCUGAUGCAUGUUUUCUCCAAUGUAUUCAAAGUCUACAAUUCAAAAACAAUGCCAAGACUAUUGGAUGCUACCUUUUUAUCAAGAUCUUUUUCUGACCAAGGUGUACGUAUUCGUAUCAGAAAAGAACAUCGUGUUCAAGUGUAA